AUGGCGCGACGCUGUGUGGGCCACGCAUCUGCCCACUCACUUGACGACGAUAACGUGCUGGCUGUACCGGAACCGCCAUCCAGCGAUGACGUCACCGAAACUGCCCCCGCUGCCGACGCAGAGAGGGACAAGAACAACGACAAGGACAAGGGAAAGGACAAGGGCAAGGACAAGGACAACAGCGGCAGCAGCACCAGCAAUAGUGGGAGCAAGGCGACGAAAAAAGGCAAGAGCAAGGGCAAGGGCGCAAGCACGGAUGCCAGCGCUUCGGACGCGCCACGAGAGCCCCAGCCGCAGCCAGCACAGUCGUCUUCGUCGGUGUCGGCUGCAUCUGCGUCUUCUUCGUCACCGUCAUCGUACUGGUCCUCACGGCUGGGUGAAAUCAGCUUCAAUGAAGCAAAGGCGUGCGUGCACCUGUGCCGCGCCGCCGCUCUGACUGAUCUUCGAAAGCAUUCCGAAGCGGCGCACGAAAUCUCAGAGGCGUCGGGCCUGCUGCGCGACACCUCGGCCACUGCGCUGAUUGCUGCUGCUGCCGCCGCGGCGUCAUCGUCGUCGUCAUCAUCAGCGCCCUCCCCGCCACCGCACCAGGCGCCAACAGCGGCAGCGGCGGCCCUGCCUGCGUCGUCGAUUGCGUGUGCGCGGAGCAUGACGCCUGCUGCCACGGCCAUUCGCGUCGCCGCGUUUCUCCAGCACCUCGGCCUCCUCUACGCAGUCGGCGACUUUGAGGCGCUACAAAAGGCCGUCAUGCGGGGCACUGUUGCCUGAACUAGAACAUGGUUAUGGUGGCGAUAAUGCUGCUGGGCUGAGUGCUUUCUUCUCUUUGUCUGUUGAUGGUUCUCUCGACGUGUGCACAAUCAAUCAAUCAAUCAAUCAAUCAGGUCCCCGUCUUUCUUUGUUGUCUUGGUUCUACACAGCACGCCACCGCGGUUCAGAUUGUAUGAUCCACACUCAAAUUCUUCUCUGUCAAGGUCAUUGUUCAUCGUGUACUGUCAGCGCGUGCAAUAACACCGGCGCGACCAAC